GUGAGCACAGUUGUGCAACCUGAGGGUGUAUGCCGUCCUAACAAGGGAACGGUGAAAUCGUCGCGGAACGUAAAGAGCCCCGUUCCCGCAUCUUCACGCCGUAGAAGGCAGCAGUGAAAUCACAGGGCUUUGCUCCCAAAUAAACGCGCACGGGACCGCAACUCAAGCCUUGAGCGAGCUUGCUUGCGAGAGAACGAAACGAGAGAGCCAAAGACGGCUUGCAAGUCGCCUCCACGCAAAUUGCUAGAGGGAAGAGACAGCCACAACACGGACGGCGACUCUUGUUCAAUAACAAUUCACGCCGGAGGGGAGGGGGGGCUAUUACCAUGGCAACACCAGCUGGCCUGUUGGGAAGAGGCCGCCGCGGCGGCGGCCCAAAAGCUAUGGAGAGCGGCGGUGGUUUGACCGGCUUGGGCACGGAGAGCCCUGAAGAUCCCGGCCCAGCCCCGAGGCUUGCGAUCAACCCUCCCGUUCUCCCGACAGAAGUACCACAGUUAGCUGCGAUGAAUGAGGAACCUGCCAUUAUUUGUUUCAAUGAAGAUGAUUAUUACUGUCCUGUUUGCCAAGAUGUGUUCAAAACACCUGUGAGGAUUUCCAUUUGUCAGCAUGUGUUUUGCAGGAAAUGUUUCUUAAUGGCAAUGAAAGAAGGUGGAACACAUUGCCCACUGUGCAGAGGCAUUGUAACCCGAAAAGAAAAAGCAUGUCCCAACAGAGCCUUAGAUGUUGAAAACAACAUGAAGAAGUUGGUGGGAAGCUGUAGAUGCUGUGACAAACAGAUUAGAUUCUCUCGUAUGAGACAGCAUUAUAAAUCAUGUAAAAAGUAUCAAGAUGAAUAUGGUGUUUCUUCUGUAAUCCCAAGCUUAGACAUAUCUCAGGAUUCAACAGGAAACAGUUUCAGGAGUGACUCUUCUACUUCGGAAAUUGGAGACAAUUCUAAUCUACAUGUUCCUGAAGAAGCUACAAGUGGACAGCCUAUAUUCAAAUGCCCUUUGUGUCAAGAAAGUAACUUCACAAGGCAGGACUUAUUGGAUCAUUGUAAUGAUAGGCACCUUUAUCAACUAGAUCCAGUAAUCUGUCCUAUUUGUGUCUGUCUUCCAUGGGGAGAUCCUAACCGUGUUACUAGAGAUUUUGUUGGCCAUUUAAAUCGAAGGCAUCAACUUGAUUAUGGAGAUUUUAUGAAUCCUCAGCUGGAUGAGGAAACUCUGUUCCAAAAUGCUGUUGAGGAAUCCUGUCAAGUGAACCUUUGAAGCCUCCAGUUUGUUCAAAAUCAUUGCUGUCUGCAAGGGGAGACACUGCAUCGGUAGUCUCAGUGUUAAUAAAAGGGAACUCUUGUAUCCAGUUUAACUGUAUAGCAGUUAUUGCUUUACUCUGGAUUAACUUUAUUUUAAAAUGCUUUUUAUUUAAACUAACAAAAAGCAUGUUAUUACAUUUUAAUGUGGAGUAUUUUUUCCUCCGCAUAUUAGAAAUAUUGCAAAUAUCUGGCAAAAAAUACCACUGUAUUUGAGAUAAAGCUAUUUAGAGACAUUUUGUUUUGCUUUGUUAUUUUAAAACAGUAUUAUACCAUAGAGAGAAUAACUGCACUAGGAUGAGCUGAAAUGUAAUAUUGGAAUACAAAUAAGGACCAGCGUCUUUGUUUGAACAGUUACAUCUAGUUAGCACAGAAGAAAAGUACUUUGCAUUUUCUAGCAUAUGUUAAAAAUUAAAUGGUUUUUCCCCCUAGCCCAUUAUGUAACUCACAGACGUGCAGGGAUUUUCUCAAUGCUGUCAAUGAUCUGUUAAGCACAGGGGCAUUAACUGAACCUGAUAUGAAGUAGCCACAACCCAGAGGCUUGCCAGCUAAGGCAUACUGAGCACUACUGGGCCAGUUUCUUAUUAGUGAGAGAGAGGUCCUUGCCACUGUGAUAUUUAGUGAGACAUGGGCCUCUAGCCACUCACUUACUUGCAACCUCUCUUAAAUUGAUACGGUUCAUUCACUUUAUCAGAGAUCUGUUACUUAUUGCUGUUAGGACUGCAGCAUCAUUCAACUGAGAGAGUUUAUGGAAACUUCUUCCACCACAAAACUUGGAUAAAAAUGUAAGAGUAGUGUGCUGCUAAUGCUUUGAAAACAUUAAUCUACUAAGGAUGUUUUUGUAGUAACAAAGAGGUAUUUUCUUGAAUGUACUGUUUUAGGGGGAAAGUAGCAAUAAAUGUUUUAGAGGAAAACCAAAAUUAAUCUGAUUUUAGAUAGACUUUCUGAUAGAAAUUUCUAUUAACUGAACAUAUCCUGAAAUCAAGUAAAAUGUAACUUGUUUUGAA